AUGACAGGGAAUCUCUUUGUUGUUUUCUUGGUAAUGUUGAAUAGCACAAUACAAAGGCCUAUGUAUUGGUUCCUAGCUAACUUAGCCAUUAUUGAUAUCUGUUUCAUCAAUACUACGUUACCAAUUUUUCUGAAGGAAAUCUGGAAAGAAAAUAAUUUCAUAUCUUUAACCAGCUGUCUAGCACAAAUGUAUAGCCAUGUCCUUUCUGGAACUGCUGAAUUUCUACUCUUAGCUGUGAUGUCAUUUGAUCGAUACGUGGCCAUAAGUUUUUCCCCUUCACUACAACGCUAUUAUGAAAAGACAAGUUUGCAUACACAUAUCAGCUGCAGUAUGGUAUGGUUCAUUUUUCGCAACAUGUAUUCCAGCAUAUUUAAUAAUGAAACUCCCUUUCUGCCUUGCUAA